GGCAAAUUCAGGAAAAAGACACAGUGGACUCCUCGGGCCUCUUAAACUGUUUUUGUUUCUCCUAAUUCCAUGAAAACCUGAACUGCGACUACUCGUGAAGUUGAAGACUGAGUUUGUGGGUCGUCGGCGUGUCGCGGGUUCGAGUACGAUGUCUGCCUCUGCUAUAUUUGUGUUGGACUUGAAGGGGAAGGUGCUGAUUUGUCGGAACUACAAAGGCGACGUGGACAUGGCGGAGAUCGACCACUUCCUGCCUUUACUCAUGCAACACGAAGAGGAGGGGCUUCUCAGUCCUGUGAUGUCACACGGCAGCGUUCACUUCAUGUGGAUCAAGCACAGCAACCUGUACCUUGUGGCCACCACGAACAAAAACUCGAAUGCCUCCCUCGUGUACUCAUUUCUCUACAAAAUAGUCGAGGUUUUCACGGAGUACUUCAAAGAGCUGGAGGAGGAGAGCAUUCAGGACAAUUUUGUGGUCGUUUAUGAGCUUCUGGACGAGCUCAUGGACUUCGGAUUCCCGCAGACUACGGACAGCAAGAUCCUUCAAGAAUACAUCACUCAACAAGGUGCAAAGCUGGAGGUUGCAAAGUCGAAGGUCCCGACCACCGUCACCAACGCCGUCUCCUGGCGGUCCGAGGGGCUCAAAUACAAGAAGAACGAGGUCUUUAUCGAUGUCAUUGAGUCCAUCAACGUGCUGGUGAAUACCAACGGCGGCGUGAUGAGCAGCGACAUUGUGGGCAGCAUCAAGCUGAAGACCAUGCUGUCUGGGAUGCCCGAGCUGCGUCUGGGCCUCAACGACCGCGUCCUCUUCGCCCUCACUGGACGUGACAAAGGAAAGACGGUGACGAUGGAGGACGUGAAGUUCCAUCAGUGCGUCCGUCUCUCGCGUUUUGAGAGUGAUCGAACGAUCUCUUUCAUUCCCCCAGACGGAGAAUCUGAACUGAUGUCCUACCGCAUCAACACUCACGUGAAACCUCUGAUAUGGAUUGAAUCAAUCAUAGAGAAAUUCUCUCACAGUAGAGUGGAAAUCAUGGUUAAGGCAAAGGGACAAUUUAAAAAACAGUCUGUGGCAAAUAAUGUGGAGGUGAGGGUCCCCGUCCCCAGUGAUGCUGAUUCGCCCAAGUUCAAAACCAGCACGGGCAACGCCAAGUAUGUGCCCGAGAAGAACCUGGUGGUGUGGACCAUCAAGUCUUUCCCUGGAGGGAAGGAGUUUCUCAUGAGAGCUCACUUCGGCUUACCCAGUGUUGAGAAAGAUGAGAUGGAAGGCAAACCUCCCAUUACUGUCAAAUUUGAAAUCCCCUACUUCACAGUUUCAGGAAUCCAGGUUCGAUAUAUGAAAAUCAUAGAAAAAAGUGGUUACCAGGCGUUACCCUGGGUCCGCUAUAUCACACAAAGUGGAGAUUACCAGCUGAGGACCAAUGCAUAAAGUUCGACCAGUCCUUUACUGUAUACUCCUCACUUUCAAUACUUCUGAAGGAGUAUAAACAUCACUUUAACUGCACUGAAAAAAACAUUUAACAUGUCACCUGCUCUAAUGUUAAUUAUGUUGUUUUAUUAAAUUUGUAUGCAACUUGAUUUUAAUGUUUG